AUGAAAGUGGCUACAGCACGUAUUGUUAAUGGAGAAACGGUACGCGCACACUCUUGGCCUUGGCAACUAUUCUUACUCGCCUACGAUCCAGAAACGAAAUUAUCAACGAGUUGCGGUGCCACUUUACUCACACAAAGACAUGUUCUUACCGCAGCACAUUGUGUCCAUGGUUACUUGCCCCCAAACAUAUUUCUAUUUGCAGGUCAACACGCAAGGAAUUUUAAUACCUCUUUAACUGACACCCAUUUCGUCAAUAAAGUCUAUAUUCAUGAAGGCUAUAACGCCAAUGCCUAUAACGAUCUAGCCAUUCUCACAACCGAAGAGGCUUUUCGUUUUGAUUCAUAUGUUAGUCCUAUUUGUUUAGCAACUCCAAAUUCUUCUCUCCUACAAGCGACUGAAGAACUUGUGGCCAUUGGAUGGGGUCGUACUUCCGGUCAACCUGAAACUUUAAGAGUUCCCAAAUAUCUGCAACAAGUCAAAGUCGCUUACAUGCCAACAUCGAACCCCAACUGCUCAGGAAUAUUUGAAUCAGAAUAUACCUUGCAUCCCGGACAAAUGUGUGCUGGGAAUCCGGGUCACAACAUUUGUCGCGGAGACAGUGGCGGGCCGUUGAUGAGACGAAUGCGUUUAACUAACACAGAGACUUACUAUUGGCAACAGGUAGGUGUGGCGUCGCUGACGAAUAGAUGUGGCUGGAAUAGUACAUGGCCCGAUAUCUACACCAAUGUGCCUUAUUAUUAUGAUUGGAUCAUGACAACAGUGAAACAUGCUGUUUAA